AUGUUCAAAUAUACAAAUAGUGAACAAAAUGGAGAAAUUCCUCAAGGGUUGGAAAAUAAACAAGGGAAAAAACUUGUUGUUCAAAAUUGUGGUUUAUAUAUGGAUAAAAAUAAAAAUGCGGGGGUUGUGUGUAACAGAAUAACAGAAUUAAAUUUAAAUUCAAGAAAAAAAAUAUCUUAUAUAAAAGGUGAUAGUUCACAAAUGAAAAAUAUUUUAAAUCAUGUUGAUCAUAAAGAAUUAGAAAUGUAUCCAGCUAAAAGACUUUUAACUUCUUAUUCAACAUAUGAUAAUCAACAAAAAUAUUUUGAAACCAAACUUGUGCCUGAUAUGCAAGGUAAAAUGAGUAUAUGUGUAGGAAGAAAAAGUGGAAGCGCAACAGUUAAUAUUAAUAUUGAUGAAUAUGAUUUAGAAAAAACAUAUCAUACAUGGAAAAGAAUUAUGGGUAAAUCUGCUCCACAUAAUAAAUCAAGUUUAGAAAAUGACAGAUUUUUAACAGUUUCAGAAGAUGCAGAAAGAAGUGACAAAUUGCCAAUUAUAAAAAAUCGAAAUCCACCACAUGCUAAUCCUGAUGGGCCUUUUGAAAAAGAACGAUUAAAUUUACCUAAACAAGCAAGAGAUAAUUUGGAUAGAACCCUAACACCAUUAACAGAAUUGAAUCAACCAAAUGUUCGUGUAAAAAAAAAUAAUAAUAUAUAUAAGGACUCUUUUCAUUUAUUAAGACCAACUGAAAAAAAUAUACCUGAUGAAAAUAAAGGGGUAAGAAGAACAAACUUUCCAUGGAUAAAUUCUAAUAGAAUAAAAAAUAUUUUGAAUUAUAAUUAUGAAGAAGAUGUUGAAAAACCAGCUAAAAUUAAUGACAAUAUCCACAAUAUUUGGUUAGAUGAACAAAAAAAUAAUUCCUAUUAUCCAGAUCAUAUACAACAUAACUAUGAUAAAAAUUAUCAAAUAAAUUCGGAUAAUUAUCAAAUAAAUUCGGAUAAUUAUCAAAUAAAUUCGGAUAAUUACCAAUUGAACUCGGAUAAUUAUCAAAAAUAUUCGGAUAAUUAUCCAUGUAGAGAUGAAAAUUUAAAAAAAUAUUCAAAAAUAUAUAAUAUCAAUGAAACAUUACCUAAUAGUGAUGUCAAAUAUAAUAAGAAAGAGUAUGAUAAUGUUUAUAACUAUGAUUUGAAUUUACAAAAAGAAAAUAUUUCCCAUUUUGGAUCCAAUGAUAAAACUACAAACAAUCAAAAUGAUUAUUACUACUUAGAAAAUAAAAAUUGUUGUAAUCAUGACAAAAUCAAAAGUUAUAAUGUACCUAGUGAAUUAGACAAUACUUCUCAUGAAUAUAUAAAUAAUUAUCCACACAUGGAUUCUGAGAAUUUUAAUGCCCCCGACAAAUCUUACAGAGCCCCAUCAAUGACAGAUAUAUCGUAA